UAUCAGGCCUGACUCGGAAAAAGCCGCUUGUCGGUUCUCGGCUUGUUCCGAGAGAUACCGAGUAUUUACGAGUGCAGGGUACGAAAUAUCAUUUCAUCAGACUUGUGAAUUAAACAAUAAAGAUAACAUUUAUUGAGGAAGCCAAUAUCGGGCUAUUUUGGCAUAAGGGUUAACAGUUAAGAGCCAAACAUGGCCAGACUUCUGCAGCUUUCAAAGGGCUUGACAUGCCAUCAACUGAAAAUCCUUUCAAGGCAUCAGAAUCCUAUUUCAUGCAGUAUUAAGGUGAAAUGUGAUGCAUUAAAACAUGUCAGACAUUUGCAAACAAGACUACUUCAGAGCAAGAUUAUUCGCACAAAUGGAGGACAUGCACAACUGAUCCAGUGUCCGCCAAGCUUAUGUAUUUUGCGAAAUAUUCACAUCACUUCUGCCACAAGAGCUCCAUGGUUUUUGCCACUACUGCCACUGUUUAAAGGCUUUUUGUUGAAAGUGACAGCUGUGCUAACAGGACGCCGUUUCCGACAGUGGCGAAUGAAGCAGCCCCCUGAGAUGCAAGCAAAGAUAUUGAGGUACAAAAUAGCAGUGUUUGCAAUCCUUGGCAUCGUCUUGGGCUCUCUCUCACUGCUGUUCUACGAGACCCACUUGCAGGAAGCACCACUUACCGGCAGAAAAAGGUUCAUCACUCUGCUGCCUGAACAAGUGAAGAAAAUUGCAGACUUUAACACAGAAAUGAUGAUGGAAAAUCUGCAGGGCAAGAUACUUCCGGAGUCUGAUGGCCGAUACAAGCUGGUGGACACGGUGCUGCGCAGGCUACAGAAGUCCAAUGCAGACUUCCCUGGUAUCAAUGAUAUACCCUGGAAGAUACGCAUUGUUGAUGCAAAUGAAGUCAAUGCAUUUGUGUAUCCAAAUGGUGCUAUAUUUGUGAUGACUGGUUUGCUCAAUUUUGUUCACAACGAGGAUGAAUUCGCGAUAGUUCUUGGUCACGAGUUGUCUCAUGCCUUGAUGUCUCACACGGCAGAGGAGUUGAGUAUGGUACAGCUGUGGGACUGGUUUGUGUUUCAGGCAGAGGAGUUGAGUAUGGUACAGCUGUGGGACUGGUUUGUGUUUGUACUGCUGGCUGCCAUCUGGUGCAUCCUCCCCAACGACGGGCUGGCUUUAGUGGCGCACUGGUACUAUGAGCGGGUGAUAGAUGUAGGAUUCCAGAAGCCCUUCAGUCGAGAUAUAGAGAGAGAGGCAGACUAUGCAGGCUUGUACCUGGCAUCUAGGGCGUGUUAUGAUGUGCGUGAGAGUGCCGUGUUGUGGAGUAACAUGCAGGUGUUUGAGGACAUGGCGGGAGAGAAGAGGACCGCAGAGUUCCUGUCCACACACCCCUCACAUGACUCAAGGGUGAAAUAUUUCCAGGAGCUCAUACCUAAGGCGGUGGAAGAGCGUGUGAAGUGCCACUGUCCCCCGCUGCCUGCAGAGGACCCUCGACUACGUGCGGCCAUGGUACGCAGGAUCUCAAACGAGGUCCUAGUCUCUCGCGCAACCAACGCCAACGUGAACGCCAUACAGCGGACAAAACAUACUGCAAAAUAUGUGCCAACGUACAGACCUGCCCCAAAGUAAGGGUCUUGAUGACAAGGGGAAGUUAGAACUCAAAGAACCUGUGAUAUUCUCAUUUUUUUCUUGCUCUUUGUUUUCAUUUUUUGCUAACUUCGAGUUUUAGAACACAUGUUUUAGACCGACUUGUUUAUGUUUAUUGAAUAUAAUAGGCAUUAAAAAUUGUAUUUUUAUCAUAAGAUAUAGUGUUUAUGAAUUUUGUAAAUUUAUUUGAUAAACUGUUUUGUUUUUUGUAAAAAGUUCUAUUUUUGAUGUUUAUGUUUGUGGUUGUAUAUCAAUUUUGUUUAUCCCGGUUCUUUCAUUACAAAUUACAACAAAAAAUGUCUUAAAAAACUUUAAAUUGAUGUUUUGCACUUGCAUCAGCCUUAUGUUUUAGUUUUGUUGAAUAAAACAGUCUGUUGAUUAUGAUUUUUUGAUGAACAAAGUAACCUUGGUAUUAUUAACCAGGUUUUCCGAAGAUUAGAUUGGCGAAUGCGGGCGGGCUGGCUGGCUGGCUGGCGGUCUGGCUGGCUGGCUGGCUGGCGGGCGGGCGGAACAAGCUUGUCGGGGCCAUAACUUUGUCGUUCAUUGUGAGAUUUUAAAAUCAUUUGGCACAUUUGUUAACCAUCAUUAGGCGGUGUGUCGCGCGAAAAAAUUACGUCAAUAUCUCCAAGGUCAAGGUCACACUUUGAGUUCAAAGGUAAAAAAUAGCCAUAAAUGACCUUGUCUGGGCUAUAACUAUGUCAUUAAUUAUGAGAUUUUAAAAUCAUUUGGCACAUUUGUUCACCAUCAUGGGACGGUGUGUCGCACGAAAGAAUCACGUCAAUAUCUCCAAUGUCAAGGUCGCCACGACUAAAAAUAGAUUUAUUUUAAAACAAACUUACAAAGGGGGUUAAUUUUGUUUGUUCAUUUCAAAAGUUCAGUUUGAGUUGUCUCCCUUUAUCAGAUUUUUUUUCACAAUGAAAACCUGGUUUUGUGACAAUUUUGUCCCUUGUUUUUACUUCAAAUGAAAAUAUAUUAACUCCUGAAUAACUGCAAGCUGAACACAUAUUAUAUUAAUUGUUGUCUUUGAUGAAGUGACCUUUACCAGAAAAGUUCCAUUUACAUAGCUUUACAUUUUGCACAGUUAUUUUAAUAGUAUUGUUGAAAGGUAUUCACUUUAUAUAUUUUUAAAAUUUUGCUAUGAUUUAUUUUGUGAAGAUUGUAUGAAUAUUUUCUACAUUUUAACAGCCCAUUUUUGUACAUUAAAAACAGAUUAAUGUAAUGUUUAAUCAACUCUGCAACAGUUAUGAAAAACAGAUUGAAUCAAGGUUUAAUCAACUCUGCAACAGUAACAACAAUAUUCUUAUAUUCAAGCUAUGUCAACAUAAUGGAUUGUUUUGGAAGCGUGUGUUUUCAAGUCCUCUUAAACUUUUGGGUGGUUCAUGUUAAAACUUUCACUGCUAAAUGACCUAGAUGUGUAUUUGAUUGUUAAGAAAUUAAUUGUUUCUCUUACAAUAUUUUGUUGUCUGAAUUAUGGUCGUUUGUCUCUAUGUCCACUGUAGAAUAUAGGGUGGAGUUGUCUGUGACCAAACAUGUGUUGUAAUAGCAUCAGCGUCUGUGACACAUUUCUAGUUAUGUGUAUAUGGUUAGCAUUUAAUUAUUUCAUUUGAAUACAUUUAUUAUAGUCUGUCAGAGAGAUACAUGUACUUGUCAUUUAGUUAUGUCCCCCACUAUAGUAGUGGGGGACAUAUUGUUUUUGCCCUGUCUGUUGGUCUGUUGGUUGGUUGGUCUGUUGGUUGGUUGGUUUGCGCCAACUUUAACAUUUUGCAAUAACUUUUGCUAUAUUGAAUAUAACAACUUGAUUUUUGGCAUGCAUGUGUAUCUCAUGGAGCUGCACAUUUUGAGUGGUGAAAGGUCAAGGUCAUCCUUCAAGGUCAGAGGUCAAAUAUAUGUGGCCAAAAUCGCUCAUUUUAUGAAUACUUUUGAAAUAUUGAAGAUAGCAACUUGAUAUUUGGCAUGCAUGUGUAUCUCAUGGAGCUGCACAUUUUCAGUGGUGAAAGGUCAAGGUCAUCCUUCAAGGUCAGAGGUCAAAUAUAUGUGGCCCAAAUCGCUUAUUUUAUGAAUACUUUUGAAAUAUUGAAGAUAGCAACUUGAUAUUUGGCAUGCAUGUGUAUCUCAUGGAGCUGCACAUUUUCAGUGUUGAAAGGUCAAGGUCAUCCUUCAAGGUCAGAGGUCAAAUAUAUGUGACCCAAAUCGCUUAUUUUAUGAAUACUCUUGCAAUAUUGAAGAUAGCAACUUGAUAUUUGGCAUGCAUGUGUAUCUCAUGUAGCUGCACAUUUCGAGUGGUGAAAGGUCAAGGUCAUCCUUCAAGGUCAAAUAUAUGGGUCAAAAUUGCUCAUGUAAUGUCACUUCUGCAUAUUGAAGCUAGAAAUUUUAGAUUUGACAUGCAUGUGUAUCUCAUGGAGCUGCCCAUUUUGAGUGGUGAAGGGUCAAGGUCAUCCUUCAAGGUCAAACGUCAUAUAGGGGGACAUUGUGUUUCACAAACGCAUCUUGUUUUUGAUGUAUUCAAUAUGUUUUUAAUUGAUAAUUUAUUUUUCUUGUAUUUUGGAAGAAAUACUUCUAGUUUCCUGUUUUACAUGUUGGUUUGUCUAUCAGUCAACAUUUUGUGAAGUAGUUCAUUUCACAAAUGGCAAUACUAUUUCUAAAAUGCUCUUUACACAUAUAAUUGUUUCGAAAUGUCCAUUGAAAUAAUCAUUGGUUUCUUUUUAAUCAAACCAAUGUUAUUUAGAAAAUCAUUAGUAAAAUUUAUUUUCUAAUGUA